GCAAUUGUACAAAACUAGCAAAGUAAAACUCAAAUACACUUUAUUUCAUGGUUCUGUAAUUUCCUAAUAAUUUCCUUGGAAGAUUUGCUCCCUAGUAAACACUAGUAAAUUAUUGCUUCAUUAUUAGGAAUUGUAUUUGUCAUAUUCCAUGAAUUGCAUGCUUGUCUGUAGACGUAUUUUUGCAUGUUGAGCUGAGCUGCUGCGCACUGACUCAGAGACUGUCUAGAUUAGAGAGUGAACUGAAAUGAAUUCAUUGGAAGUGCGCUGAUUUAAAUCUGAUUAAGACCAAGUGACAUGCUACUUUCCAGGAAACUUCUUGCAAAUUAUUUGGAAAUUACUCUGAAAUUAUGAACUCGUCGAAAAAACAUUUAAUAUCUCACUGGUUUUUACUGAAUACCUGCAAGAAAUAUCUGAAAGCUCUUCGAAAGCCUAUUAAGAAAAUGCAGGUUGUGAUAAUUUAAUGAAAACACACUUCCUCUUCUCUUUCUUUGCUGUAUUGUCACCGUAUAUCUGUGUGACCGUAAAGUGCUGCGUCCAUACAAUCAACUGUUUUGUUGUCCUCAAGCUGCAUUUCUAUGUAUUGUCUGCUUGGUGUUGCUAUGCACUGAUUUUCUACAUUGACAGAGCCCAUUGUUUCCCACACAAAGUAAAUCUCCGCUCCAUCUCAGCAUAACGCUUAAAGUUAGUAGCAGGCAGUAACAUGUAAGGGAGGAAGAUUUAAAAAGGUACGUCACUGAGUUUGUAUUACACUUUUAGAACGUUUGGGGGACUGUAAGUGACCCCUAUAAAAUGUUGCUUUGCUGGAUGUUUUUUUUUUUUUUAACUUCUCACCUUGCUGCAGUCAUGUAGAAGUGUCCUCAGGGGUGAGGGUGCAAGAGAGCUCAAGUGACACUGGGUGUGGUCAGAGGUGAAAAUUGACCGUUGCCUAGAGAAGCAAAGGAAACACUUGUAUAAUAUCUCGACUAUUCUUUUGACACAAUGCAUACAACUGUUUUUACAGUUUUAUUCUAUAUUAUUUCUUAUUUAUUCUCCCCAUCAGAGCAUUGCCCGGGCCAACAUACUGCACGGUUAACAUUAGCUCAUUGCUGGUAGCCUAUAGUGUAAGUAUUAGUGUAUAUUUCUAGUCAUUUUGUAUCUUUGAUAUAUAGACACAGCAUCUCCAUUUCAGGUUAUCCACCAGAGAGCAGUGAAUGUUACAGGUCGUGCUUAUUACAUAAUAAGUCACAAUUCUGCAAGUGUGUUUUAAGGAACUAUCGGCCUCAGAAAUCCAGUAUCAGGUAGAUUCUACUUCAUGCAAUGAGCAAAUUUAUCUUACAGUUAAAAAUUGGUGGACUGCUCCUUUAAUCCAUCUCUGGUUACCCUGUGGUUUAUUUUUAACAACAAAAAAAAAAGUGCAGUCAGUCUCAUGUUGAACAUGCGGGAACCAAAUCAAGCGGAUUUGUCUUCUGGAUGAACUGACCCUUCACUAACUUUAACUCAUGGCUGCAGCCGCUCUCAGAGCUAAACCUCUUCUCUUUGUCUCAGCUGAAACAGUUUACAGAAUCCGUGCUUUGCAAAUGAGAGUCAUGAGACCCGGUCAUUUCAACUCAACUUUAUUUAAACAGCACAUUUUAUACACACAUGCAGAUCAGAGUGUUUCACAUAGCAAAAUAAAACAAUAGAAUGUAAAAAAAAAAGAAACAAAUACAUACAAUAUAAUGAACACAAUGGUUGGUGAAUUUUAAUGGUUUAAAAUUUAAAGACUAUGGUUUUUACAUUACUCCAAAUUAAAAGCCAGAUUAAAAUUGUAGCUCUUUAGUUUCCUUUUAAAAUACAAAAAAAAAAAAAAAUUACAGAUCGAGCUUGUUUGGUUUUCAUAAAACUGAUGCAGCGUCUUCUACAGUUCAGGGGCUUAAAAACAGAAAGUCAGCAGCAAAGCGGUGUUACACACAGUAACUCCAAACUCAGCCUCCAUAUUCUAGCGGAUGGAUCCAAUGAAAACUCAGCAGGACACUUCCGAUGCCUCUUGGUGCUCAGGAGAACCGAGUUAACUGCAACUGAAUCUCCUGACAAUCCUUUGCCUGGAUCUUCUACGGUAACCCGCUGCUCACAUCCUAACUCCAUGCGAUUUAAAUUGUCUUUGUGGUAUUUGAUUAUUUUUAUUUGUUAUUAUUAUUUCUUUCCAGGCCUUUAAAGGAAGAACAAAACUUUCAUGCAAGGGUGUGGAACCCAUUAGUUAAGGUAACGCUUUUGCAUUCAGCGCCCCCCCCCCCCCCCCGUAACUAAACACACACACGACGCUUUCUCAAUAACAGCGAAGCGUAAUUUGGCACACUUUACGCUCUUCAUCCGUUACGUUGCCUACGUAUUUGCGCAUCAUCGCCAAGCGGAGCGCUGGGAACUCGAUCGUUUUUCAAUCUACACUGCAAAAAACAUCCACCUCGGCGAAUGAUUUUUUUUCUUCUUUUUUUUGCGUUGCCACUUGUUCUUAAAAGGUCUUCAAACGUCUGAAGCUGCGUUUUUCAGGAAAUAGGAUGAUCCCGCUUUCAUUUCAAAUUUGAAUCCUCUUGCUUUUUGUGCAAAAGUUGGAUCGUGAAACUCAACUUUGAAUAAACAGAGUGUGGUCAUUUCUUGCAGCGUGAGCAGUAAAAACCCACGUCACUCUGUCAGACAACUCCCCCCUUUUUUUUCCUCCCUGUUGGACCAACAUCCACAGUUCAGGAACAACUGGAUAAAGAUUUUUUUGGGGGGGGAAUCAGAGGAACAAUCAUGAUGACCGGAUUUCGGCUGAACUUGUCGCCGCUGAAGGAACCUCUAGGCUUCGUCAAACUGGUGGAGUGGCUCACGGCCAUAUUUGCUUUUGGAAGCUGCGGUGGAUUCUCAGGGAGGAACGUCCUAUCUGUCUUCUGCGGCGAUGGAAGGAAUGAGACGCUCAAUGCUGACUUUCACUACCCGUUUAGGUUAAGCCAAGUCUUUCUCAUCAUUGGAAACCAAAGUCUUUGUGACCACUCUGUCACAACCACAUACAUGGUGGGAGACUCAGCCUCCUCAGCUGAGUUCUUUGUGGGUAUCGCUAUCGUCUGCUUCCUGUACAGCAUGGUGGCUCUGUUGGUUUAUUUAGGCUACAUGCACGUCUACAAGGACUCUGACUUUGGACCCAUUUUUGACUUUGUGCUCACAGCGAUCCUGGUCUUCCUGUGGCUGGUGUGUUCGUCUGCCUGGGCGAAGGGCCUGCAGAAUGUGAAGGACGCCACAGACACCGAAGGCCUCAGUGCCACGGUGGCACUCUGCAAGGGCAGCAACAUAACCUGUGAGGUCACGGAGUUCGCCAACAUGAGAACCCUCAACAUCUCUGUGGUGUUUGGCUACCUCAACAUGUUUGUGUGGGCGGGCAACGCUUGGUUUGUGUACAAGGAGACUCGCUGGCACUCUCAGAAAUUCUCUUCCCCGUCUGGACAUGGAAGGCAACAGGUCCCUGCACCCAUCUAACAUACAGUAUAUACGUACAGCAACACGCCAAGUCAGAGUCACAUACAAAUACGCGAAGACAUAAUAAUUGACACGCACACACCACACACAGAACAGAAUUAGCCACACAUGCAUAAGUUUGUCCACACGUGUAGACAAAUGUGCAUGUAGACAUAAAUACACUUACAUGCACAUACAAAAUAUGUUCUGUGAAAACGAUGAAGACAGACAAAAUGAAGGAUUAAUUGAAAGAUGGUCAGUUUUAAAACUGUGGUCUUACUUGAUUUGGAGCUUAUCACUACAGUCGCAGCUGUGUAGGUCGUACACAGAGCUGAGCUGGUAUUUUGUAACCCACAAUGACUAGAUGUCAUAUAAUUCCUUGCACAUUCAUGACAUACUAGAACUGAGAGUACUUCUGAGAGAAAUGCAAAUUUUCCCUCCAAAUAUUCCUGCAGGCUCUAAGUAACCCUGCAGCAGUAGAACGUUUGGGUGGGAGAAGGUAUCACUCAAAUGGUUUAAAGGUGCUAUAUGUAAGUAUUUCACUUUAAAAUCUUCUAAAAUUAACUAAAGUUAUCAACAGCAUUGAAAAAAUAACACUAUGUCAAAGACGUCUGUGCAUUGUGUUGGGUAGACUGCUAAGUAAACAGCUGUUAAUACCAACGUUGGCAAUGUUGCGAUAGCAAAUACUUACACAUAGCACCUUUAAUGUCUUCACGUGUGCCUUUAUUUUUUACCACAUACUAUAGCAACACUAAUGCAAUUAGUAUUUCAAAUCAUUUUAAAUGUGCCCUCUCACAACUAUUCCGAAUUGGUUUCUUACGCUUUAGCAGGUGAUACACGCACAGACAACGACCAAAUGUCAUGAGCUUUAUAGCAGCUUUGUGGCUUGUGUUUAUGAAGAGAGGUUUUUUCUUAUUUCAUUGUGUCCAUUUUAGCAUAGUGGUUACAUUUAUUAUGCUUAAUUAUUACAUACUGAUGAAUGUAAGGUACUUUGAACUCAUCUCUUUGUCUAUGACAUAAAACCGAGCACACGGAGCUAGAUUUACAUGUUCAACAUCUGUCGCAAUAAGGACAAUGUGAUCAAGGUUUUCAGGUUUUCAGGGUAAAACAGAGGCUAAUACUAUUAACUAUGAGGAAUUAUAUCAUAAUCCUCUAUACCGUGUCACCAAUUCAGAAAAUUUGCAUUCACUGACAAAUAAUGUAUAAAUUUUACAUGGGCUGUGAAAUUUAGUCAUACAUUUGCCUCAGUGAUAAAUCUUAUUUUUUGCACAUAUGGUAUGUUUUGAAAACAUUUUUUUAAAAAAGCACUUGUGUAUCCAGAGAGUGACACACUCAAAUAUUCAUUAAUUCUGUCUUUCAUUCAUUGGUUCUCUGGCAUUGAGUCCGUUUCCCCCUUCGUGGUGGCUAUCAGGCAUGGAAAUGUCUACAGAAGAAUAAACUAGGAUUAUCCAUUUACCAAACUAGUGUAAGGAUGUCCUCUUUUAGCACAUAGCUGAGGUGAAUGCAUAAAAAGCUUUUAUUCUCGCGGGUCUUCUUUUUUAAGAUAAAUCUAUGCGCUCAAGCAGACAAGUUAAAUUUUGAUGCUUGGCCUCCAACCUAAAUAUCAGGGAGGUAGUUUGCACAUUCUUAUCACACCAUGCACAGUUCACUCUUGUGGUGCUUAAUAUGCCUUUAUGAUGUCCUUCAAAGCACUGUGAGAGUGUAAAACCAUAAAGAAUACUUGAUCGAGAGUUGGCUAUUUAAUUAGUUCUGGAAAAUGUCGCUGUGUGAGUGCAGCCAAAAUCUUUCAAUUUCUCUGAGGGCUUUGAUUUAUUUAGCGUCUACCAAAGUACCAGUUAAAGGAUAAGUCCUUGUGUCCUUUUUUUAAACUUUUCUUUUAUUAUCAUGUUGAAUGUAGUAGUAACUUCUUCUUUUUAAUUCAAAUUUUCAUCCAUCGUUUUUAUGGCAUCACUGUUAAAUAGAAACUAUUCUGCCAAAGCAAUAUUUCAUUUUUUUUCCUGUUUAAUCUUAUUUCAAAUCUUUAUGUGAUGUUAAAGCAAUAAUCUUGUUGUUGUUGAAAAAGUCCGUCUUAUUUUUUGAUUGUCUAGUUUUUUUUUUUAAUCCUUCAUGAGACACCAAAAAUUGAGCUGGUGUGUUUUUUUUUUUAACCGUGUGACUUCUUUGUUGUAUUUUUCAUUUUCAGAAUAUGUAGAUUGUUAGUUUGAGUAGUUUUUGAUUUUUUUUUUUUUUUUUUGUGUUUUGCUUUUAUAGUAAAAAUGUACAGUAUGUUGGGUGGUGUUGCUAAUUCGUUUAACUCUGCUGAAGGACAAAAGAACUUAAAUGAAACAAUAACUGUGUGUGGUGUACUGGUUAUGCCACUGCACUCUUGUAAUCAUCAUCCAACACGCUAUAGUUUUGUCAAUGAUUCCUGUGCAUUUAACCUGCCAAACUGUCUUAUUGAAGAGAGACAUACACUCUGUGACAAUGUACCUUUGUUUUUUUCAAUAAAAAUGAAUGAUUUUUUCAUGAA